AGUGACUGUUCUGCUCCUUCGAAACUAUGACAGUUUCAGGAAGGAGUAUGUCUUGAUCAAAGCUAUAUCGUGGGCUGAGGUUGGGCCUGAGGCCGCAAACUCGGCUGGGUUUCAGUCCCAUCCCAUCCUGAACUAUCCUUGAGAUAGGCAUCUAUCGCAAGACUUCGCCCGAUAAUCCAGCCAAGGAGAUGGCUUCCGCUUCCCCAGAACCGACAAGAGCAAGCCAGACAUCGCCACAAAUCGAACGGGCACCGCAUCAGCUUGCAUUUGCCGAAGAAGCCAAUGCUGCAGUACCGGCAUUUCUCACCGAGGCUAAUUAUGCAGCGUCGAUUAAGGGGGACUCGGCGCAACGUAGUUCGAUGUUGCUUAUUUCAACAUGCUGUAUCACGAUGGACAAUGAAAGAUUGCAAAAGUUAAGGUUAUAUCACCUAAAUCACUCGACGACUCCCCAAAACAACAGAGUAGCGGGUGAAGCUGAUAAAGCGAGAUCAGAGAGGGCUAUCAGCCAAGAAGUCAGGUGUACGGCCAGUCUGAUCCCUUAUCGGAGUCCUUCGACCUAUCCUUUCCAGCCGAUACGUCAGGCGAGGGCAUCGAUUCCCCAAGCUGGACGCGCUGGAAAAACGGGUCGAAAAGUUACUGGGAAAGAUACGUAA